AUGCUGUACCGCAGUAAGCAGCGCGGGUUCCUCGAGCUCGACCUCCUCGUGGGCAAGUGGGCCGAGCGCAACCUGGACGAGUUGCCAGAGGACGAGCUGAUCGACAUGGAGAACCUGCUCGCGGAGGAAAACCCGGACCUGUGGAAGUGGCUGAGCAGUCAGUCCCCAGCGCCGCAGGACGUGCUGCACAACCGCGUGUUCAAGCGCAUCAAGGCCGAGGUCGACGCGGACCUCAGCAAGCACGACCCCGCCACGCGGGCCGCGCGCGGCGCCGAGUGGGUGCGCGGGUGGGAGGAUGUCAAGCGCUGGCGCAAUGAAGGGAACCAGUAG